AUGAUCCGAUAUGCUGGAGAGGGUCUGGCGAGUGACGUUGAAUCGCCACGCCCACUCCCAGCGUCAUGUCAUUGUGAUUGGAUAGCGGAUGGGUCAAUCAACUUACGAAAAGGGAUUAGCCGCACCUCUCUCAAUUGCGCGGCUCGUGUGGAGCCCUUCUCAGCUGAUCCGGCAUACUGGCGUGAUGACGUGGAGUCGCCACGCCUUCUUACCAUGUCAUAUCUAAAGACAUCAGUAUGUAGAAGGAAAAAGAAAGAGGGAGGGGUGCCAACGCGAUUGACAAGUGACGAAUGUAAUCGUCAUGCCCACUAUCAGUAUGAAAAUAAAGAUCCAAAAGAAAAGUACAGGAAUAUUUAUAAUGCCCCAUUAUAA